UCUGUAAAUUGUAAUCGCCGAGUCAAGAUAAUAAUAAAAAAAUGGAUGACGCCGCCGCCGUGACAGCCUGGGAAGUUCCAUUAAUUUUGGUGUCGGAUCAAGCUUCACUCGCAGCCAUUUUGCCUUCUCUAGUUUCCACCUCCUCAAGACGGCAAUUGGAUUCUCAAAUUCGGAGGAAAUUCCGCUGCCGGCGCCGGUGCCAAAGGGGUGUGGUUUAGUAGCAUAAGAUCAUUGAGAAGUAAUAGUAAUUGGGAAUUGUUUACACUCCCAAGUGAAAGGAAUGGGUUCUGAAGGUCCAGCUGGGGUUACAAUUCACGUGACUGGAUUUAGGAAGUUCCAUGGGGUUGCCGAGAAUCCUACCGAGUCUAUCGUUAAUGAUUUGAAGGCUUUUGUAGACGAAAGAGGGUUGCCUGCUGGUGUUACUCUUGGGAGUUGUACCGUUCUUGAUGCUGCUGGAGAUGGUGCUCUUCCUGUGCUUUACGAUGUCUUGGAAUCUGGCAUUUCAAAUAUGACAGAGACUAACAAAGUCAUAUGGCUUCACUUGGGAGUCAAUAGCGGGUCGGUGAGGUUUGCUGUUGAAUGGCAAGCUGUGAACGAAGCUACUUUCCGUUAUCCUGACGAACUCGGAUGGCAGCCUCAGAAAGUUCCUAUAGUCUCCGAGGACGGGGAAAUCGCGAUGAUAAGAAAGACAUCCUGCUCGGCUCUGGCGAUCUUAGAGAAGUUGAAGGCGAAAAGCUACAACGUGACAUUAUCGGAGGAUGCGGGUCGAUUUGUUUGCAAUUAUGUAUAUUAUCACUCACUCAGAUUUGCAGAACAGAAGGGUCACAAAUCAUUGUUUGUCCAUGUUCCUCUGUUCUCGAAAAUCGACAAAGAAACCCAGAUGCGUUUCGUUCACUCACUUUUAGAGGCCAUUGCGUCUACAUGUUAAAAAAACAACAUUGGUUUUGUUGCUCUGAUUGCUCCUUCAAUUCUAUAAAUGUUCAUCUUCAAGUUGUGAAACUCUGUUUCUUGCAAGUAAGGACCUUCCUCACAAGGGACUUCCAUCAUUAUAUACUAUUAAUUAUUAAACCC